AAUGAUAAACAGUACGAGUACACACACACGAUCAGUCACACAGUUGUUUAGUACAGUGAUAUUGCAGUGAAUGCAUACCGGUUACUCAUGAGAUAAAUGCAGUACUAACUAGUACUGGUGUAGUGGCAUGGUUUUGUAGCUAGUAUGUGAAGGUGUUGAAUGUUUUUAUUAGAAAUUUAACAUUCUUUCUUAUUUCAGUAGAUAAUUAAUUGACUAUACAUCUCUUUUUAAACUGUGAAACUGAAGUUGCAAGAAAACAGCUGCGGAUAUAUCAGAAUCAUCCGUCUUUAUACUUGUUUGAAAUAAUUAAAAAGAAGAUGAAAAUGGAUAAAUCAACAGAAUAUUCCGCAAUAUUCAACAUGCUGUUGGUCAUCCUCGCAUGGUGUUCUGAGACAAAUGCUAUGGUCUACCAAGAAGCCAUGAAUGUUGAAGAUUUGGACAGUUUAUUCAGUGAGGAUGAUUGCAUUGAAGGCACUCUCUCGACUACGGAAAGCGGAGGCCCUCUCAUUAGAUCCAUCUCCUUUGUAGAUUCUCUCCCGACCACUGUAGGAAAAGCAGAGAAUAGUGAUUUUGAUGAGAAAUCCCCAAUGAGUUUGGUCAGCGAGCUGGCAACUUUUAAUAACAUAAAAUACCAGUACACUUUAAAGGAAGAAGAUGGACCUUCACACAAGAAGAGAUUCCUCAUCUCUUUACUCUUGGGAGACCACGAGUACUUGGCUGAAGGAAGUAGCAUCAAGAAGGCUCAGCAUGAAGCUGCCAGACUAGCUUUAAACUCAACAACAUAUGAACAUCCUCCAAAAAUCACAAAAAAAGAUAAAAUACCCAAAGUGGCCAGUUCACCUGUAUUCAAACUUAAUGAGUGGGCAAGAAAACACAGUGGUGUUAAAAUUAUGUAUUCGUAUAUUCAGCAAUCCAGACUGGAUCACAAGAAUCUUUACCACAAAAGUAUGUAUUCCAAAGCAGAAAAUGUACACAGGGUAACUGUAACAGUGGGUGAUCAGCGGUUCAUGGGAGAAGGCUACUCAACUGAGACGGCUAAGCAGAAUGCUGCAGAAAAUGCUUUAAAACAACUGCAAAGUGCUGAAGGUUUCUGCAUGUUUGAUGACGGUGUAAAAGAUUUAUUCACCAAACUUUUCAGUUCAGACUCGGAGAGCCAGUCUCCUAUAUCUCUCGUGUUCGAAUUUGCAGGAAAAAGUAAACUUCAGGCAUCGUUUGAUCUGGUUAGCGAAGAAGGGCCUGCACAUAUUAAAAAGUUUGUUUACAAGUGCAACGUGGGAGGUGAAUUUGAAACUUUCGGUGAAGGUAGCAGUAAGAAAGUUGCAAAAACGGAAGCAGCCAAGAAUAUGGUGGAGAAAUUGAAAUCACAUUCAGCUUAUAAACAAGUUGAUUGUGGUGGUUCCCUCAUGAAGAGAAAGUCAAAGAAGAAGAAGUCGAGGAAUCUCAUAAAAUCUGUUGCUCAGUCGACUCAGGAAGAUAUGGACUAUGAGUAUUCAAUUCCUGAAGAAAUGAACCCCAUUUCAAAAUUAAUGCAGAUUCAACAACAAAAGCAUGACAUGCAACCUAUCUUCAGGUUAGUGGAAGAAAAUACUCAGGAUUUCAGUAACAGAUUUUCCAUUGAAGUAACUGUUGGAGAAUUAUCAUUUGUUGGUUCUGGUCCGAAUAAGAAAACAGCAAAGAGAAAAGCAGCAGAAGGAAUCCUUGAAAAAUUGGGUUACUCCACUGCAGCAUCUGGAAAAACUCGGUUGGUCUCGUCUGAUUUUAAAAAGAAGGAAUUUUCAGACAGCUCAACAUUAAAAAAGAAACCACUUGUGUCGGGGUUGAAUCUUAAUUCGGAAAAAAUUCGCCAAACUUGAUAUGCUUCCCAUUCAAGAGACGGGAACGCAAACGAACCAGUUGAGUUGGGUAAAAAAGGUACAAAAUCAAAAGAUGGAACCAGACACAAGCAAGAUAAGGAGUCUAAUACUAAACCAAAAACCGAACUGAAAAAACUCGCACAGCAAUUAGGGUUCAGAUAUCAGUUUUCUGAUUUUCCCAAAUUUAACAACACUGGAUUUGUUAGUUUGGUAUCACUGACAACUGACCCGCCCAAGGUCUGUUACGGAACCGGAGCAACAACAGAUCAGUCACAAGACAGAGCUUCACUGAGUGCUUUGGAAAAUUUGUACAAGAAUCAGCUUAACACAGUCUCUCAGAUGCUUAGAGAAACAAAUCUUGAUGCUUCAGCGAAAGAAGGGUUUUAUAUGGUUGAUGGUAACAACAUUGUUAAAACUAUUAUAAGUAAAGAAACUAAAUGAGUCUUUAUUUGUACUUAUGGUGUUACAAGGGUCAUUCAGAAAGUAACUUCCGUCGUUGUAUAGCACAAGAAAUAGUGGGGAGGGGCUCAAACGGGAUGUUUUUGACCAUUCUCCUUGUAGCAAUGUCCUUGAGAUUUUCAUGCAUCCACAUUAAUGUAGUAUACUUACAUUUUAGGGCUUCACUGAUGUUUAACAUGUCAUUACACGCCUUAUUGUUUGUGCACAAGUACAUGCACUGCUGUAAGUUGUUCACAUCUUAUAUAAAAGAACUAUAUAAAUGAUAAAAAUUGAGUAAAUCUUCCAAAAUGUGAAAAAAAUGUAUCAGUUAGUUCAGUGUUUUUAACACAUACAGGUUUUUGCAUGGAAAUAUUUUGUCUGAAAUAAAAUGUAUAUAUAUAUAUAUAUAUUCAUAUACAUAAACGUUUUUAUUUUAACGUUAGAAAUUUGCUGCUAACUUAUUCUUCAUAUCAGUCAAAAACAACACUCUGCCAUCACAUACCUUACUGUUAGCAGCAUGCUCAUAUCAGUCAAAAACAACACUCUGCCGUCACAUGCCUAACUUAGCAGCACGUUCAUAUCAGUCAAAACCAACACUCUGCCAUCACAUACCUUACUGUUAGCAGCGUGCUCAUAUCAGUCAAAAACAACACUCUGCCGUCACAUACCUUACUGUUAGCAGCAUGCUCAUAUCAGUCAAAAACAACACUCUGCCGUCACAUACCUAACUGAUACUUAAAGAUACUCAAAAUCAUGUUGGGGAAGAGGGUAAUAUGGAUAACACACCCCUACUUAUCCCAAACAAAUUAAAUGUGUCUUUGCGGCAUUUUGCCGUAGGGGCAUAAAAAAAUAUUAAGAACCCUAAAACACUAUCACAGGUUACCUACAUUCUCAAGCAGAAGAUUUUUUUGCAGAGGAUAUUUUGAAAAUAAUGAAACAGUAUGACAAGUUCUUGAAUUUGUAGGAUACUAUGAGAAAAAAUAAGAAGGCGGUUUAAAGUAGUAUAUAUAUAUAUAUAUAUAUAUAUAUAUA